AUGGACGUCUCAUCCCUUCCCGGUAGCACUGGCGGUGGCACGCUCGCAAGCCGCGGAGGAGGCGGAGCAGGAGACUCUGCCAAAGGAGGGGAUACCUUCGACAACCCCAUCGGAAAUAUCUGCUGUAACGUCUUGACGUUGAUCUGCUGCUGCUGCUGCGCACCAUUCCUUAUCGUCUCGUUCCUCAUCUUGUAUCUGCUCGGCCUUAUCACCAUCGUGACGCCUACGCCCCCAGACAUGACGUUCGAGAAGUGGGCCGCCGUCUGCGACGCGCCGCUCUGCGCAGAUGUCGCCAAAGAGAUUUUCGGCAAGGGUGGCGCUAUAGGGGACGCCGCCGUCGCCACGUUGCUGUGCAUGGGAGUCACCGCCCCGCACCUCACUGGAAUCGGUGGUGGUCUCAUGGCCAUUCUUUACAACAAGGCUACCAUGAAGGUUCAAGCCUUGGACGCUCUUGGAGUGUCUCCGAAAAGCAUCACAGAGGAUAUGUUUUCAUCCAACGCAUCGGCGCUGAAACUCGGGGCGAAUGCUGUGAUCGUGCCGGGCGCACUGGCAGGAAUGCAGGCUCUGCACAACGUGACGGGCAAGCUUCCCUGGAAGGACGUCUUUCAGCCAGCCAUACGAAUCGCCAGGGAUGGUUUCACCAUCGGACCGAACCUGGCAGCUGCCCUGGCGAACAACAUGAUUGUACUGAAUCUAUCGCCUGCCCUGAGGAAGCGCUUCUCCAACAACGCGACCGGUGCCCUGCUACAAAGCGGAGACAAGCUGGUGCAGACGCAACUCGCCGAUUUGCUGACCAAGCUUGCCGAAGAGGGCGCGGAGUACCUCUACGAAAAGGAACUCGCCGAGGAGAUCGAAGCGAACGUGGCAAGUGCAGGUGGGUCACUCAAGGCGAGCGACCUGUCCGACUACAAGCCUCUCUGGCAGGAUCCAGUGUCGGCCAAGAUGGGAGGCAGCCAGCGCCUAUACUCGGCUCCUAUUCCAGGCGCUGGUGUUGUACUAGCGGUGGCCGUCCACCAGAUUAAAGUCAACUUUGUAGAGGAUUUGAAAUUCGCUUUGGCAAGGAGACCGGAGCUUGGAGACGAUGAAGACGUAAAAAGUAAGCAGGCCGACAUGGUGACUGAAGCGAUCGGAUUCGCCGAUCAAAACCGCGACAAGACGAAGCCCCUGGCAUCGGCGCAAAGCUACGGCAUCAAGCAUUCCCCCGAGGAGGACUUUGGUGGCGCGCAGCUGACCAUUGUGGCGCCCAGCGGCGAUGCGGUGUCCAUCACGUCCGGGAUGAAUGGAAUUUUCGGAAGCGGCUUCGAGGCCCCUUCGGGUCUCCUGCUCAACAAUUACAUGGACGCCUUCGCCAAGACCGGAAAGCCCUUCGGCCUGGACCCGUCGCCGGUGAACAAGCUGGCCCCCGGCAAGCGGCCCAUGACGUCCAUGCUCAUCACGUGCCUUCGCAUGUACGCACUUCCUCACUGCGUGUGGAACGACACGCGUGUCCAACCCACGUUUCGAUCGACCACGCCCAACGCGGUGUUCGCGGAGCACAAGUCGACGCAUUUUGACCCGGCACACCUGCUUAGGAAACUGGGUUACAGCGUUACGGAGAAGGUCAUCACAUCUGCUGCAACGGGCAUCGCCGUUUUAAAGACCGGCCUUUUGCUCGCUCCGAACGACACCAAGCAUGUCGAUGGCAGCCGCUCGGGUGAAUGA